AUGUCACGCACCUGGAACCACUCGGAUAUUCAUUCCUUGAAAAGGGACGAGGCGCUGGAAAUUCUUGCCCAGAUAGCCCGAUCCGAAAAAAAGACCUUCCCCACCAAUGAAGCUUUUGCAUUUGGUGAAGAGCUGUGGAAGAAAAAGCCUAAUACGCGGGUGUUGUACACAACUCGCGUUGCGGCUGGUGUCUCGUCGCGACGGGAUCUGGUAGCAUAUGCCGUCUACGUGCGCCAAAAGGGCGUCGCCCUUUUACACAAGGUCUGCGUCAUAGAGGCCUAUCGUCGCCAGGGCGUCGGUCGCGACCUCAUGCUCUACAUUCAACAGCGCCUACGAAAGGAGGGGUGCCAGCAAAUUCACCUGUGGGUGGACGAGGCCAGGGAGCCCGCGCGGUCUCUCUAUCGCCGAUGUGGAUUCGAGGAGCGGGAAACGAUCCCUGAUUACUAUGCUCCUGGUCGGACUGGCAUCAAGAUGGUCCUAGAUUUGGAACACGAUCCGUGA